CUUUAGCAAUCCACAUCAUAGCAUACUGCAACACAUACCUGCCUAUGUAUCAACUCCAGGCAAGACAAUGACAGAAAAUGCGUCAGCGAGCGGCGAGGUGGGCGGUAUUGCUCGCAAGUCUUCACCGGACGGCGGAAUUGUCGCAACGACUCCAUACUCUAUGUUUCCUAGAUCCCAAAAGCGGUGGAUCACCCUCAUUGUCGGAGUGGCGAUGAUGUUUUCGCCUCUUAGCGCCAACAUCUACCUACCAAGUCUCCCGCUACUCCAACGAGAUAUGGACACCAGCCCGCAGCUGAUCAAUCUCACGGUUACCGCAUAUGUCAUCCUCCAAGGGAUCGCACCCGCAUUCUUUGGAGAAUUAUCGGAUAAAAUUGGCCGCCGUCCAGUGUAUAUCAUCUCUUUCGGAAUCUACGUUGCUGCAAAUACUGGACUCGCAAUCCAGAACCGUUAUGCUGCCUUGCUUCUUCUUCGGAUGUUGCAGAGCCUGGGGGCCUCUGCUACCGUUGCUAUCGGAUAUGGCGUUGUUGCGGACAUAGCUACUCCUGCCGAAAGAGGGAGGGUUCUGGGGCCUGCCAUGGUUGCAACAAAUCUCGGACCAAUCUUGGGGCCGGUGAUUGGAGGGCCGCUGGCAGAUAAAGCGGGCUGGAGAUGGGUCUUCUGGUUCCUCACCAUCCUUGGAAGCGCUUUCCUCUUGAUAGUUCUCCUCUUUCUUCCCGAAUCCGGCAGAUCGGUAGUAGGAAACGGUAGCAUUCCAGCAAGAAGAUGGAACAGGCACUGGAUGUCCUACAUAUCUGGCCGACCAACCAGAAAGUGGGCAGGGGAAGAAGUGGAAGCCGUUGGAUUAGAGAAAGAUUCCCAGCCCCUGGCAAAGAGGGUAAAAGCCCUGCUCCCAAAUCCGUGGAAGUCGCUUCGCCUUCUAUUCCAGAAAGACACAUUUCUAGUGCUUUCAAUCAGUGCCAUGUUCUACAUGACAUACUACAUCGUCCAAGCUUCGAUACCCGAGCUAUUGGAACGGAUCUACGGCUUUGAUGAAACCACCGUUGGACUUUGCUAUUUUGCCAUUGGCUUCGGAGUCGUGAUUGGCGGUUAUGUUAAUGGCAAAUGUAUGGAUUUUAACUACAAAGCUACGGCCAAAAUCAUUGGCUUCAAAAUUGACAAAGUUGCUGGAGACAACCUACGAAAAUUCCCAAUUGAACGAGCGAGGAGCAGAUUUGUUAUUAUCUAUGUGUUGCUUCAUACAGCAUGUCUGGCGGGUUAUGGGUGGUCCUUACACCAGAAAAUUCAUGUUGCUUGUCCUCUGGUACUCCAGUUCGGUCUCGGCUUCUUAGCUACUUGUAUUGUCCAGACUUUCAACACUCUGCUGGUGGAUAUCCACCGAAAUACUCCGAGCACCGCUGCAGCCUCGGGUAAUAUCGCCAGGUGUGCCCUCGCUGCAGGUGGUGUUGCUGUUAUGCAGCCACUCCUCGAUCGGCUGGGAGAAGGAGUCUUUUUCUCGGUUCUUGGAUGCGUGUCAGGGGUUCUUGGGUGGGGCUUGAUAUUUACCAUUCGGCAAUACGGCAUGGCUUGGAGAGGUACACGUGAGAACAAACAAAUUUUGCCGGACGUGGAGCUCGAGGAAUGCAAGAGAGGCUCGGGUACAGGUUUAGAUGAUGGCCAAGUGCAUGAGAUACAAAGUUGUGAAAAUAAGCCAUUGGAGGUUUGCAUAAAGACGAAUUAAUAAAAAAAAAAAAACUUUUUUUU